AUGGUGAUGGAUUCUAGGAUUGAUAUAAAUUGCCCCACCGUAUGCAGGUUAGUACAUUGUGUCGCUAAUUUUGCCAUCAUGAACAUUCUUACUUGCACGGUUUUGGUAGCUUGUGCCAUUGUGGCAUACGCGUCAGCCUUACCCUAUGCAGCUGAAACGGUAUCUGGAGUUGAUCGAGAAGGUAGUUUGUUAGCUGCUGAUACCAAAUCAGAAGACGAGACCUUAGUCGGGGCUGAAACAGCUCGACAUGGGGGAAGGGGAUGGAGAGGAGGCUGGGGUGGCGGAGGAGGUUGGGGAGGAGGCGGAGGAGGUUGGGGAGGUGGCGGAGGUGGAUGGGGAGGUUGGGGUGGCGGAGGAGGUUGGGGUCAUAGAGGACAUGGAGGUCAUCGUGGUCAUGGAGGCUGGGGAGGAGGUUGGGGCCAUGGACGCUGA